GGGUUUAAUUUCUUCAGGAGCUUGUUGCCGCUAAUGUCUAUAUAAAGAAGGCGUAAUAAGCCCAGUAUCUUUGCCUUCUUAAAAAGUUAUAGCUGUCUUUAGCUGGUUCAAAUCGUCCCCCUGUUUUGAUUAUGCAUUUCCUCUUUGUUUUUUUCCCUCAUAUUUAAUCAAUUUCUGUCCUGUCUUCCCUUAAUUUGUCUGUCUGUCUUAGUUAGUUAGAUCCCCCUUACGUUUGUUCAGUGUUUCUCUUUAAACGGCCAGGUCUCUCUUCUCUCUUACACACAAAGACAUGGGUUCUAAUGCUUCAGAAGUUGCUCUUGAUCUGUUUCCCUACCUCAAAGUAUACAAAGAUGGAACCCUUGAGAGAAUCGCUGGAGUUGAAGUAGUUUCUCCAGGACUUGAUCCUGAAACUGAUGUUUUAUCCAAAGACAUCGUGAUCGUACCCGAAACCGGGGUCUCAGCUAGAAUUUACCGACCCAACUUGGCUACUACACAUGAAAAGCUACCCCUUGUAGUUUAUUUUCAUGGUGGAGCUUUUUGUGUAGCAUCGCCAGCUUUUCCGAACUACCAUACCAGCCUCAACAAGCUCGUCGCCGAGGCUAACAUCGUAGCUCUUUCAGUUGACUACAGGUUAGUCCCAGAGUUUCCUCUUCCUACUGCAUAUGAAGAUUCAUGGGCUGCACUUGAGUGGAUAGCUUCCCACAAGGAGGGAGAUAGCUGCCAGGAGGCUUGGAUCAAGGAUCAUGCUGACCUUGACCAGGUGUUUUUGGCCGGAGAUAGUGCUGGUUCAAAUAUUGCACACCAUUUGGCUUUGCGGCUCAAGGACUCUGAUCUGGGUCAGAAGUUGAAGAUUCUUGGUAUUGGUAUGAUCCAUCCUUACUUUUGGGGAACAAACCCGAUUGGAUCAGAGUUUGCUGAUCAGUUCAGGAAAGAAUUAGUGGACAAGUGGUGGUUGUACGUUUGUCCAUCUGAUAAAGGGUGUGAUGAUCCGCUUAUCAACCCGUUUGUGGAUGGAUCCUCUGAUCUUUCAGGCUUGGCAUGUGAUGGAAUCCUUGUUAUUGUUGCCGAGAAGGAUAUACUCAAGGAUAGAGGGAGGCUUUAUUAUGAUAAAUUGGUGAAAUCUGGGUGGACGGGUAAGGCAGAGAUUAUGGAGACAGAAGGUGAGGAUCAUGUCUUCCAUAUCUUUAACCCUGAUUGUGCCAAGGCCAAGAGCUUGAUCAAACGCUUGGCUUCUUUCCUGAACCAAGGGAAGGCUCCUGUCGAGUGAAAAUGUGAAAAGUACUGGGUUGCUUUGUAAUAAAACAAGUUCAAAAGUGUGAUUGAAAUCUACCUAGAUCGCAAUCCCCGAUACCUGUUUGUCAGGAUUUCUUUUUCCACUAGACUUGAUCGAUGUACUUUUCUAAGAGUAUUGUUUCCCAUAUAAGACGCUACCACUUUUUUCUUUCCCUACGAUGACAUUAGCCCACUCCAGAAUGUUUUAAUUGGCAUGAAGUAAUCUCAAUCAUUGACACCA